AUGAAUGAAAACAAGGAACCUUCUUCUGGCGAUACUUCUUGGACUAAGAAGAACAGCCAUCCACCCCCAAUUCAAGAUAGCAUCAAUCAAUCCAUUGUCUCUCUAGCUCGUCAAUAUACCAAUGAGUUUAAUGAAAAAAAUGAAGCCUUGUCAAAUAAAAACAAUACAACAUUGACUGGGGAACCCUUGACAAAAACUGAUUCCGAAACCAAUCCAUUCAUUGAUCGUUCAAACCCUCUUCUUGAUCCCUUUAGCGACCAGUUUAGCACCAGAGAAUGGACGAGCCAUUUAGUUCGAUACAAGGACCGUUUCCCAGAUAAAUACCCUGUUCGUACCGCUGGUGUUUCUUUCCGCAACCUGACCGCGUUUGGAUACACCUCAGGAUCUGGGUUUCAAAAAACUGUGGGGAACUUGGUCAUCCAAAUUGCAACUCAGAUCAACAAACUUUUGGGUAAUAAAGGAAAGAAAAUCCAAAUCUUAAGAGACUUUGAUGGUUUAAUAAAACCUGGUGAAAGUUGUAUGGUUUUGGGCCCUCCUGGAAGUGGUUGUACAACCUUUCUUAAAUCCAUUGCACAAGACACUUAUGGAUUCUAUCUUACAGAAGACACACAGAUUAAUUAUCAGGGCAUUACCCCCGUGGAGAUAAUUAACCACUACCGUGGAGAGGUCAUCUACAAUGCAGAGACGGAAAUUCAUUUUCCAAUGUUAACUGUGGGGGAUACUCUCAAAUUUUCUGCACUAGCUCGAACUCCUCAAAAUAGAUUACCUGGUGUCACCCGUGACCAACAUGCCACACAUGUCCGUGAUGUCGUCAUGGCAUCUUUUGGUCUCUUACAUACAAUGAACACCAUUGUUGGAAAUGAUUUCAUUCACGGAGUCUCAGGAGGUGAACGCAAACGAGUAAGUAUUGCAGAGGUUGUCUUGGCUGGAGCUUCGCUUCAAUGCUGGGAUAACUCUACAAGAGGUCUUGAUAGCGCUACAGCCCUUGAGUUUGUCAAAAACUUGAAAAUCAACUCUGAUAUUUCAGGUGCAUCUAUUCUGGUCUCCAUUUAUCAGGCAUCUCAAGAUGCAUAUGACUUGUUUGAUAAAGUCACUGUUCUUUACAAAGGUCGUCAAAUUUACUUUGGAUCUACAACUAAAGCUAAAGAGUUCUUUGAAAAAAUGGGCUACUAUUGCCCCCCACGUCAAACCUCGGGCGAUUUCUUAACAUCUCUUACCUCUCCAGCAGAACGUAUAGUAAAACCUGGCUAUGAAGGCAAGGUCCCAUCUACUCCUGACGAAUUUGCCCAGUAUUGGAAACAAAGCCCAGAGUAUCAAGAGCUUAUUCAGGAAAUUGAAGAUUGGAAUCGUGAGUAUCCAAUUGGUGGACCUUCAGUUGAUCAGUUUAAACUAUCAAGAAAAGUCCAGCAAUCAAAUCACAUCAAAAUCACCUCUUCAUACACUUUAUCAUAUUGGAUGCAGAUCAAAUUGUGUACAUACCGAGGAUUCCUUCGUUUAAAAGGUAACCCUCAAGUAGCCUUUAUAACCAUUUUUGGUCGCUGUAUUAUGGCCUUAGUCAUUGGAUCUACUUUUUACAACCUCCAAUGGGAUAAAACCUCUUCCCUUGUCCGACGAAACACUGUGCUGUUUUUUUCAAUCAUGUUCAAUGCAAUGUCUUCAAUUCUCGAAAUUCUUGCUUUGUAUGAGCAGCGCCCAAUUGUUGAAAAACACAAACGAUAUGCGUUUUAUCAUCCCUCUGCUGAGGCCUUUAGUUCAAUUAUUUGCGAUCUACCAGUAAAGAUUUUAACUGCCAUUCCUUUUAACUUGAUUAUUUAUUUCAUGACAAAUUUACGGCGUGGCUCUGCAAAAGUACCCGGUACCAACCAAGGAUCAGACCCUGCAUACUUUUUCAUUUUUUUACUAUUUUCAUUUUUAUGUCUCUUAGUGAUGAGUGGCAUAUUCCGCACACUUGCUAGUCUUACCAAAACAAUUUCACAAGCAUUGACACCAGCCGCUUUGGUCAUCCUAAUGCUGGUUACCACUACCGGGUUUGUCAUCCCUAAUGUUGAUAUGCACCCAUGGUUUCGUUGGAUUGGCUACAUUAAUCCAAUAGCUUACAGUUUUGAAGCUUUAAUGAUUAAUGAAUAUCGUAAUAGAUAUUUUACCUGUGAUAAUCUGAUACCUUCCGGUCCUAGCUACAAUUCUCUUUCCAUAUCCGACCGUUCUUGCUCAAUCAUUGGAUCGGAACCUGGAAACCCUAUAGUUUCUGGUACCGCUUACAUUGAACAGUCGUUCGAAUACUACACAGAUCACAUUUGGAGAAAUUUAGGUAUUGUCAUUGCCUUUGGCAUUUUUUUUUACUUUACAUACUUUUUCUUUACUGAGUUUGUGGCCAGUGAACGUUCUCGAGGUGAGAUUUUGGUUUUCCAAUAUGGUCAUAAGGGUCUUACGGAUGAUGAAGAAACUCAACUUGAGCAACGUGACUCUCACCAUAGCAUUACCACAGAAGCUGAUGCAGCAAUAGAUAAACAAAAUGGCAUAUUUGCAUGGAGAAAUGUCUGCUACGACAUUAAAAUAAAAGGAGAACCACGCAGACUUUUAAAUAAUGUCGAUGGCUGGGUUCAACCGGGAACUUUAACAGCCUUAAUGGGUGCCUCUGGCGCUGGUAAAACAACGCUCUUGGAUACUCUUGCUGAUCGUGUAACCAUGGGUGUAGUUACAGGAGACAUGCUUGUCAAUGGAAAGCCUCGUGAUGAGUCUUUUCAACGGAAAACUGGUUAUGUACAACAACAAGAUGUUCAUCUUGCCACAUCCACUGUCCGUGAAGCUUUAAUUUUUUCAGCCCUUUUAAGACAGCCUGAAAAUAUUCCUCGCAAGGAUAGAAUCUCAUACGUGGAUGAGGUUAUCAAGGUAUUGGAAAUGGAAGAAUAUUCUGAUGCCGUUGUUGGAGUUCUUGGAGAAGGGUUAAAUGUAGAGCAGCGCAAACGUCUUACUAUAGGUGUUGAAUUAGCAGCCAAGCCUGAAUUGCUACUAUUUCUCGAUGAGCCUACCUCAGGUCUUGAUUCACAAACAGCUUGGUCCAUUAUGCUACUGAUGAAAAAACUCACUAACAGUGGUCAAGCUAUUUUGUGUACCAUUCAUCAACCUUCUUCUAUUCUGUUUCAACAGUUUGAUCGGCUUUUAUUUUUAAAAAGUGGUGGUGAAACUGUGUACUAUGGAGAAAUUGGUGAAAAUGCUAGCAAAAUGAUUAGCUACUUUGAGCGCAAUGGCGGACCUUCAUGUCCACCAAAUUCCAAUCCUGCUGAAUGGAUGCUUAAUGUCAUUGGUGCAGCACCAGGAUCUCACAGUGACAUUGACUGGUUCCAGACAUGGCGGAAUUCCCCAGAAUACCAACAGAUUCAAAAGGAACUUGAUUCCAUCAUUGAGGACUUUGGGCCAGUCGAAUCCGUUCCAAAUUCUUCAAAAAAAGAACAUAUUAAAUCGUUUGCAGCACCUUUACCUGUGCAAUUUACAUUAGUUUGUAAGCGAGUCUUCCAACAGUACUAUCGUUCUCCUGUGUACAUUUAUUCGAAAACUGCCAUGUGCCUAGUAGCUCCAUUAUAUGUUGGAUUUACCUUUUACAAAGCCAAAAACGAUGUUCAGGGCAUGCAGAACCAAAUGUACUCUACUUUCAUGUUUUUAAUGGUUUUCAAUACGCUAACGCAACAAAUAAUGCCCCACUUUGUCACACAGCGGUCCCUUUACGAGGCCAGAGAGCGGCCCUCGAAAACCUACUCGUGGGUGGCGUUUAUGGUUUCCAAUUUGAUUGUGGAAAUGCCCUGGCAGACUCUAAUGGCAGUUUUUUCCUUUUUUUCAUACUACUACCCUGUUGGAUUUUACCGCAACGCGGCAGUAAAUGGGACGACCCACGAACGUGGCGCACUAUUUUUUAUGAUUCUUUGGGCUUUUUAUAUCUACACAUCAACAUAUGCCCACAUGAUUGUUGCAGCACUAAAUAGUGCAGAAACAGCAGGAGCAAUUGGUGUUUUAUUGUUCCUCUUCUCUUUAGUCUUCUGUGGUGUCUUGUCGCGACCCGACCAAUUUCCUCAUUUUUGGAUCUUCAUGUACCGGGUCUCACCCAUGACAUAUAUUGUGGGCGGUUUUUUGGCAGCUGGUGUAGCUGGGAAUACAGUAAUUUGCUCAACUAAGGAAAUUGUACACUUACAGCCUCCAUCUGCCAAUAUGACAUGCGGCGAUUUUCUGAAUGCUUAUGCCCAAAUGUCUGGAGGUGCCGUAUAUAACCCAGACUCGUAUUCUGAUUGCGAAUUUUGUUCCAUGGCCAAAACUGAUGAUUUUUUAGAGCUUUUGGGAACACCUUUGAGUCAUGCCUGGAGAAACUUUGGUAUAAUUAUGAGUUACACGGUAAUCAACUGUAUUGGAGCUAUAUUUUUCUACUGGCUUGGUCGAGUGCCAAAGCACCAUAAGAAAAAGAAGAAAUAG